GUUUUGUUUACAAAUUAUCUGUCAAAAUAUGUUUUGUUUUUGGGAUUAUUCCUAGAUUUUAUUUGAUAAUUUAACUAGCAAAAAUGGCCGAAACCAACCAUUCAGACUGUUAUUUAGAAUUAUCCUCAGAUCCCAUUCGUUUUGAGGCUGUGAAUCAGUUGACUAAUGUUUUUUUCGAUGACUCCAAUAAAGAUGUGUUUGCAGUUCGAUCUGGUGGGGUAAUGGGAGUUGUUGUAAAAGGCCCAAAAGGGACGAAGCCCUUAAAUUUUCGCAUGGAAGACCGAGGCACUGUAUUGUCAAUUAAAUUCUCGUUAGAUCAUAAAAUUUUAGCUGUUCAGAGGGUCAGCAAUUCAAUAGAAUUGAUGAAUUUCAGUGACGAGACUUUAGAUUCUGAGUAUUCAGUUAGUUGUAAAAAGAACUCUAAUAUAUUGGGAUUUGUUUGGUCUUUUUUAAACGAAUUAGCUAUUGUUACAGAUCAUGGUAUCGAACUUUAUAGUGUUAUACCAGGAAAAAAGUCAUUUAAACAGUUAAAAACCAUAUCGGCUACAGUACAAUGGUUUGUAUGGUGCCCCGCUAACAAAAUAGCUAUUCUAGCUUCUGCACAUGGUUCACAAUUACAACCAGUUGCUAUUAAGCAAGGCUCCAUAAAUAAAUUACCCAAAGUUGAAACCGAGUCGGGACGUAUGGCAUUAGAACGCGAUGUAACAUUAGCCACUCUAUACAGUACGCCGGUACUUCUAAUUUUAAGACACCAAAGUGGCCCCCAAACUGCGGAAGUCCACGUGCAUAUGUUGAACGGUGCUGGACAAGCACCCGUUAAAUCGCACGUGUUAAAGUUGGGACUGUCCGGACGAUUUGCUAUAAAUCUAGUGGACGAUUUAGUACUAGUACACCAUCAGGCUUCAAGAAGCUCUCAGCUGUUUGAUAUAGCUUUGCCUGGCGAAAGCGACGGUAGUGUAAAGUACCACACGCCCAUAGCACCAGCGAAAUCGUUUAAACCGACCAGUAUAGUCUUGCCCGGAUUGGUCGAGUCCGAAGCGCAUAUUUGUGAACUUUAUUCCCCAAAUUGGGUGGUUUUUCAGCCGAAUAUUGUGAUAGAUGCUAAACUAGGAUGCUUGUGGCAUAUAUCGAUUUGUUUAGAAGAGUUGUGCGAUCAGAUCAAAGAUUUGGGUGUUUGUACGCAACUAGCACUGAAAAGAAGUGAUGGUAAACCUGUUUUAUUAAAGCUACUUUUGGACACAAUAACUCAAGAUAAACCUCCUCUAGAGAAACUAAACGAAUCGUUUAACCACAUCAAUUUCGUUUAUCGCGACUGGGCGGAAAACGAAUUGCAGAGCACCUUGGCAUCGUCACCGCCCAGUGUACCUCUUCCCGAAUCAAAAACCAAUAACCAACCCAGAGUGUUCAUCGACCAGAACUGUAUGACCGAGGAAAUCUUCCAGAAAAUCAACUCGGAAGACGAUCUGACGAAAACCGAACGAAUCCUCACGAGUUAUUUGAGUUCUUUGGCCGAAUACGGUAUCAGUGCUCAAUAUAACCUCAAUAAGUUACUGGUCACGACUUUGGCUAAGCAAGAGAAGUUUACAGCCUUGCAACAGCUGGUUCAAUACGGGGUGAUAUCCGAUUCAAAACCAUUGGCUGUGUUUUUGCUGUCAUUGGGAAAUAUGCAUGCUUCAUCCAACCAGAUGGCGUUGGAUAUGUUGGCUAGACUUGAUGCAAAAGAGGAAAUUCAAGAGGUUUUGCUAAGCGAGGGUCAAGUUUUGUCAGCUUUAAAAAUAGCAGACGACACUGCCCAACCAAGAAAAUUUCUAAACGCUGCGAAAAACGCAGACGAUUCCACUUUAUUCCAUUCGGUCAUUUAUUAUUUCCGGAACAACCCAAAUUUUGCAGCUAAACUUAAACAAGAUGACAGAGUUGUCAGCUAUAUUAACGAAUACAAUGUGAUAUUUAGCGAUUGUGAUACAGAUAAAUAAUUUAAAAAAAAAUGUAUUAGUGUAAAGAUUUUUUUUUUCAGUAUUACUUAUAAGGUGCAAUAAAAUUGAGAUUUCUGAUUAUAUUUAAUUAGAGAAAUCUAUAAUU